AUGAAAUUCCAGGCUGAUCAAGUUCUUUCUGGCGUGAGUCUGGCCGAGCUAGGCAUAUGCUGGCCCUCGUAUUGCCGUUUGGUGCCCAUUGUCAAUGAGGUUCCCUUAUACGACUUGAGUCCUCGGAUGAGACAGGGUGACGCCAAGACGAUGUAUAAUCCCGAGUACCACACCCUCAUAGACCUGCCCCAAACUCAUGUGGAAGGUAUCAAGCCCAAGCGCGAGGCGUACACGUUCCUGGAGGCUCAUGCGAUGAUGUGGUCCCAGAGAUUCGGCCACGAGACCCGAUCGUUCCCAGGUGAAACUGAUAGCGCGGUUCGAGCGGAUGCUGUUUUACGUGUGUUUACGAGUCACCAGAACGCCUGGCAACUAUCAUGGGAACAAGGUCUAGCCCAACUUUUGCCCUCCUUCAACUACAGUGCCUCUAAGGAUUUGACUAAGGCACAAAAGAACCUUGCGUGCUACGAACACCCGGAUAUUGAGAAUGAAAUCGGGCAUCGAGAGGACUCCACCGCCCGCCUCCCUCGGCUAGGCAUAUCCCGUUGGUACUAUCAAGUGCACAGAGAGUAUAUGGAGACUAGCAUAGGACUCUUCCCGAUGCUGCUCUCAUUGAUAUGCUGCGAACUGUACAACAUCAACAUGUUUAUCCGUAUGGAGCGAGAUGUGCUUGAUGCUCUUGAUUGGGUCAUUGGGCACCCGACUUUAGACUCAUUUUCGUAA